CCCCUUCUCUCUCUCUCUCUCUCUCUCUCUGCACCUCCCACACCUUAUCAUCACCAGCACCAUCACCACCGCCAUCACCACCUCACACCUGGCUGAUUAACAAGCCUAUCACCUGCAGUCUCACCUGUGCUGCUAAUGGGACAACACCUCAGGGCAGGAUGAAGAGACACGGCUACGAAGCGAGGGUGGCGCCGGCGGUGUUGGUAGCGCUGGCUUUCCUGACCGCAGCGCCCCUUAGUAACGCCGAGAAGUGCACAGUAGAUGGGUCUUCCUCUAAGGUGCCCCCUGACAUGUCCGAGGCACUGAAAGGCUCCUAUUCUAUCACUGUUGAGAUGAGUGACGUGAUAAAGAACGAAACCUACUAUGUGCAAGAGGUCCACGAGAGGCGCCUUUACCAUGACACGAUGACAGAUACAGUGGGCGUGUCUAUCUGGCGAAAUGGCACCGCGGUUCUCUAUCAGUAUUACCCCGAGUUGGAUACCGCGGUGCAGGAAACCAACGGAGUGUGUGCUGAUAUUGGGAUGCCACCAGAUUUGGCAUGGGGAUGGGUAGACAAGGAUAAGAACCACGGCAGCAAGUCCUUCGGCCCUUCCAGCAUCCUACGCCUCGUGAAAUUCCUCCAGUCGGAAUACGUGUCAGGAGACAGUCUGGAUGAGGGCGUGCGCUCCGAUGUGUGGAAGGCGUGCGCAAACAACGGAGAAGUGGAGUUAGGUUACUACUACUCCAAGCCUCCCUGGAACAUGCCUGACGGAAAAUUCUACGGUGGGUUGGAUGCAAGCAUGCCCCUGAAGAUGGAUGUCCGGUUAGUGGAUGGGUCGGGGCACUGGAUAUAUACUUUCGUUGAAUUUGUGCCCUUCAUCCUCUCUCACUCUAAUCUGGAGCCCCCGCGUGGCAUGUCCUGUGAGGGUAUUACGGGGGUACUGACUGAUGAGCCCGUGCCAAGCAUCCCGAACCACUUUAGUCUGGCAGAGGAGUUAGUGCUCAACUCACUGAUUGAUGGAAGAGACACGGGGAACCAAUACAUGAAGAAAGUGCAGUUUACCUACGCGGGCGAGAUCUCCCUGGUCAGCUGGCUGGUGUCAAUGUCCUACGACAGUGUCACGGCCACCUCCUGGGCUGUUAAGGUCAUUCAAGACUUCAACACAGGUGUCCAAUAUACGGUCUACAAGGAAUUCGGGAACUGUUCCAAGGAUCCCAUUUCUCCCUUCUCCUUCGAUACCCAUUUCGGCGGCUUCAUGGGCACGGGGACCACUCUGCUAUCCCCCAAUGAUAUUUUCCACCUGGACGAUGACUUUGCCUAUGUAGGGGAGCGAUACAGUAGGGACCUUGCUGGCGAUCUGUGGACCUCUACUAGACUGGAUGACAUACCUGACUCUUCUACUGGAUGGAUACAAAACUAUGAUAAGGCUGUGCUGGAGUAUUACUUCUCUCAGGGAUUGGAAAAGACACCAAGCGGAGACCUCGUUAUAACAAAUUUCCCAUUGCGAGGUGACCUGUUCAUCUACAACAAAUCCAACACGAACCAGAUCAUAAAGACCAUGACCAAUAACCUCUAUGACUUCCGGGAAAUCAAUUUGUUUUCUCCUGAAGAGUUUUCUGUAGAAGGAUGCUACGAGAAGUAUGACGAUGACUGGUCCUACAUCGAUAUCUUCUUCCCCGUGGAGACAUACAACCAGAUCGCGGCGGCAGAGCAAGAGCAAACGAGAUUUAAACACGAGGUGAUGCUGAAAAUGAUCGAAAUUGGCCGUCUGUCUCCUGUUCGCAUCGCCUCCAUUGACGUGUCCACAGGGGUGAGUGGGCCUCAUUCCCAACUCCACAGACACCGACACGAUCAUUGCAAAAGUCAAGCUGCUGGAGAGGGCGCCUUAUAUCUUCUCCUACAGACAACCACCGGAUGAGGAGAACCCGCGGCCAGGCAAGAACCAGAUUAUGAAGUCCAAUAUAAGGAGGGAGGAGGACUGCGCCACCAUCUGCUCCACCACUAAAGAACUCGAUUGCAAGUGAGUGAGAGGGCCACGUCUGCCUGGCACUGC